AUGUCGACUGCUGUCAAAGAGUUUGUACUCACUUAUGUCAUGGAGAACAUCUCCACAUUGAAAGAGAACGAACGUUUCUUUGGCCCCAUCGACCAUUUCAAUGUUCCUUGGAGAAUAGGUUGUGUUCGAGCCGGCGGCUUUUUCAGUUUUUAUGUUUUCUGUGAUAGACCAAAAGAUUUUGGAGAGUGGGCGAUAAACACUGGAAUCACCUUUGAAUUGAUAUCAGCAACUGGAAAAAGUUUUAAGAAAACUGGGAAAGAUUGUAAUUAUGGUACUUCAAGACAAUUUUCUUCUUGGGGAUUUAGCCAAUUCGUGCAGUGGGAAACGAUGGAAAAAGAAUAUGCAAUGAAUGACCGUUUGGUUGUACAGGCACAUGUUGUGAUUGAAAAGAUCACUGGAAUUGAGACCCCAAAGAUUCGGCAUUUUGAUGAGUCGAGGAAGAUUCUCUCAGACGUGACUCUGAUUGUCGAAGACAAAAAGUUCUAUGUUUCAAAAAUGAUCCUCGCAGUUCAAUCUUCUUACUUCAAUUCUAUGUUUUACGGAGAGUUUCAAGAAUCAAAAAAAUCUGAAAUUACAUUGGUUGGUGUCAACGCAGAGGACUUUCAUUAUUUUCUAGAACUUCUCUAUUUGGAACCAACUUUGACAAACAGUAACGUCGAGGGAGUCCUAGUGUUGGCUGAUAUGUACGAAGCCAGAAAUGCAACACGUCUCUGUGAAGAAUUUCUUAUUGGAAAAUCAAAAGAUUCGUUGAGAAACAAACUAGCAAUCUCAAUGAAGUUUCAGUUAGACGAUCUCAAGAAGCAUUGCGUCGAGAGCCUCAAAUCUAAAGCUGACAUCCGUGCCGUUCUGGGAUCAUCCGAUGGUGAGCCGAAAUUCGAUUCGUCAAUUACAAACUAUCUUCUCGAGAAGACGUUUUCAUUGCCAGAAUAG